AGCAGAUCAGCUGACCAGCGCUGCAGCUCUCGAGUCUGUCAAAGCGCCUUGACUCUCAGUCUGAUUUCCUGAAAACAAUGAAGAGUGAAAAACAGCGAGUUUAAAAACAAAAGAACAGAAAAGUGAAACAUCUAUCAGCGGCUCGGAUCAUGGAGCACAUUCAAACUCCAAAGGUUGAAUACGUGAAGCUCUUGGACAGAUACGCUGCCAAAAAGCCGGCCAUCGGAACUUUGUACCUCACAGCAACUCACCUCAUUUACGUGGAGCAAUCUAACAACACACGCAAGGAAUUAUGGGUUCUGCAUCAUCACAUCUCGUCCAUAGAGAAACUUCCGACCACGGCGUCAGGAUGUCCGCUUCUCAUCCACUGUAAAACGUUCCAGCGUCUCCACCUGCUGCUGCCUCGAGAGAAGGAAGCGCAGGACGUCCAUCAAUCCCUCAUACGUCUGUCCCAACCAGUGAAAGAGGAGGAGCUCUACGCCUUCCUCUACAACCCACAGCAAAGUGGAGAGGAGCGGAGACGGGGCUGGGACCUCAUCAGCAUGACCGCUGACUUCAGCAGGAUGGGCCUUCCCAAUGAAUUCUGGGAAAUCAGUGACCUCAACAGCAGCUAUGAGCUCUGCUCUACGUAUCCGUCGGUGCUCGGCCUUCCUAAAUGCGCCAGUGUUGCUACGGUAACAGGCAGCGCCAAGUUUAGGAGUCGGGGCCGGCUGCCUGCUCUGUCGUAUUUUCACAAAGAUACCAAGGCAGCGAUCUGUCGGUGUAGUCAGCCUCUCUCAGGAUUAAGUUCUCGCUGUAUCGAGGACGAACAGAUGCUGCAGGCCAUCAGCGAGGCCAAUCCCAACUGUCCUUUCAUUUACGUCGUGGACACACGGCCUAAGCUGAACGCUAUGGCUAACCGAGCGGCGGGUAAGGGAUACGAAAACGAGGAUAACUACGCCAACAUCAGGUUCCACUUCCAGGGCAUUGAGAACAUCCAUGUCAUGAGAAACAGUUUACAGAAACUACUGGAGUUGUGUGCUCAGAAAACCGCGUCUAUGAGUGACUACCUGACCGGACUGGAAAACUCCGGCUGGCUGAGACACAUCAAAGCCGUCAUGGACGCAGGAGUCUUCCUCGCUAAAGCAGUAGGGGAUGAGGGAGCGAGUGUGUUAGUGCACUGUUCUGAUGGAUGGGAUCGCACGGCUCAGGUGUGUUCUCUCGCCUGCAUCCUGCUCGACCCCUAUUACAGAACCAUCAAAGGACUCAUGGUUCUGAUAGAGAAAGAGUGGAUUGCUUUCGGACACAAAUUCAAUCACAGGUGUGGACAUUUGGAAGGUGACCCUAAAGAGGUGUCCCCCGUGUUCACGCAGUUUGUGGACUGUGUGUGGCAGCUGAUGGAGCAGUUUCCCUGCGCGUUUCAGUUUAACGAACGCUUCCUGCUCUCCAUCCACGAACACGUUUACUCCUGUCACUAUGGUAACUUCAUCUGCAACAACCAGCGAGAGAGAGAGCAGCUAAGGCUCAGAGAGAGGACCUUCUCCGUGUGGCCGUAUCUCCUGGAGCAUCAGGACGAGUUCAGGAACCCGCUGUAUAAACGCACUACACACAACGGCUUACUGAGACCCAACACACUGCCACUGCACUUCAAGUUUUGGUGUGGGAUGUAUAAUCAUUAUGAUAAAGGGUUACACCCGAGACAGUCCGUCCUGGACACACUGCUGUCUCUGACGGUGAGACAGACCUUCGAGGAGAGGACGAUGACGGAGCUGCAGAGACAGCUGGCUAUCGCUGACGGAGUCCUCUCAGCUUCCGACGGACCAAUCAGCAUGCUUCCUGAUCAGAACGGCCACGCUGAGGCCACGCCCACUUCCUCCUUUGUCCAAACGAACGGAGAAUGUACGUCUCUGAGCGACGGCGCUGGAGGAGACGCGGAGUCGGAUCAGGAUCAGGAUCAGGAAAAGGAAAAAAACGAAAGCCAGCCGAAGGUGGUGGCGAAGGACAAACCUGUUUCUAUGGCAACCCAGAUCUCCAAAGAGGAGGUAGAGAAAACGGAUCCUCUCGAAUCUCCAUAGUAACAAAACUGACAUUUUGGGACGGAGCCGAAAUCCAAAGGGAAACAGCAAAGACGCACUCAGGACAAAACACACACACACACACACACACACACACUGUGACGGUGAAUUACACACACUAUGAACACCUUUAUUACAGUGGCAUUACAAAAGAGGGAUAUUUUAGCCACGCCCCCUAAAUGCCAUUUUAGCCACACCUCCUUUUUACCAAUCUAAUGAAACAAAAAUAAAAAAAGAAAUUUUGAGAAUAGAAUUUCAGCUAAAACACAAAAAGCAAAACACGAUAAAAAUAUAUUAAACAUGAUUAAUUAUAAUAUUAUAAUAAAUGACAUUUUAGCCACGCCCCCUUAAACAUCCAAACAUGUCGAACAUUUAAUAAAAUGAAUUUUUGAGUCAUAAAAAACACAGAAUAACAUUCAUGUGAAUGAGUAUAAACAAUUGGUUAUAAGACAGUGGCAUUUCUUAGCCACGCCCCCAACAAUCUUACAUUAUAAAAAUUAGCCACGCCCCCUAAAUUCCAUUUUAGCCACACCUCCUUUUUAACAAUCUUUUGAAACAAAAUAAAAAAAUUUAUUUUGAGAAUAGAAUUUCAGCUAAAACACAAAAAGCAAAACAUAAUUUAUUAAAAUAUAUUAAACAUAAUUAAUUAUAACAUUUUAGCCACGCCCCCUCAAACAUCCAAACAUGUCGAACAUUUAAUAAAAUUAAUUUUUUAGUCGUAAAAAACAUAACAUUCUUCAUGUGAACGAGUAUAAACGAUGUUAUAAGUCAAUGGCAUUUCUUAGCCACGCCCCCAACAAUCUUAUAUUAUAAAAAAUUAGCCACGCCCCCAAACAUGGCAGACCUACUGAACAUUACAUCAGAAUGGCUUUUUUUUCGCUCGCACACAGUAAACAUACUAAACAUUAUAAUAGGAUGACAUUUGGCCACGCCCACCACACACAUUCCAUUCGUUACACGUUACAGUGGCAUUAUAAUGGAAUGGUAUUUUAGCCACACCCCCAACAUUCCUUUACAUAAUACGUACGUUUAAGCCACGCCCUCAGAAUUCCAAACUGAUCACAACAGAGCGACUUCUUUUCAGCGACACGCCUUAAACCCCAAUCACACGUUUCUUCUUUUCUAAAAUUCCUCAUUGUAAAUAAUAUUUUAAAAUAUUUUUUAAAAAAUGAAGCUCUGUACAGUCGCUAGUUUUGAACCCUUUGUACUUUUUUCGCUAUUUUGGCAUUUGUCGAAAAUCUUCCAUUUAUCCACGAAAGGUAUUUUACGAUCGAACAAAAACAAACUUCAUGUUGAAAAGAUUCGAAACUCUAACGCUUGUCUUUUUCUGUUACACCGAUCAAACAGGAUGUUCGUUUAUUUAGUUGUUUUUUUAUUUGUUACAGUCCGUAAAUGUUUUGGUGUUUACUGUAAAGCGUGUA